AUGCCGAAUGAUGCUGCGGUGCGGAGGCUGCUCAGGAAUCACCCGAAGCUGCACCCUCGCAGCGCAGCGGCGGCGGAGCUCAAGGCCUUAGGCCUUGCGAAGCUUCCGAUUUUGGAGUGGGAGUUAGAGCAGCCUUGGGGUCAAUUUGUGGCGCUCUCUCCCGAGACAGGUGUCAAGACUGAGCCUGAGGUCAUACAGCAACCGUUCCAAAUGCCUUCUGCUGCGAAGGUGCCACCGAUUUUUGGCUUCCCAGGGUCCCAGCCGCUUGAGGCUCCAAUCUCGCUGGCUUCGCCAGCCGCACCAGCUGUACCAGCCGCGCCUGAGACUGCAGGUCCUGGUGCAGAGACUGUGCGCUUGGCAGAGCUGGAAAUAGAGGAGAAAGCUGUCCUACAAGAAGUGCUUGCAUUGGACCGCGGAGGUAGAGACAACAUCCUGGUCCCGCAGCCACCUCGGGAAGCACCCACCCACAGCGGACGAAGGCGCCGACCCCAUGAAGAGGAGCAGAGUGACUCACCGGCAGCUCCACCAGUACCCAAGGUCACCCCGCCCAAGCAUGGUGGCCGGGCACCGCCGCGGCCUCCAAGAGUGAGGUAG